AUGCCCGACCAUACAGCAGAGUUUUUGCAAGUUAAUCAGACUCAUAUAUCUUCUAUUCUAGGUGGUGGUUAUAAUCAUCCGCUAUUAAGAGAAUGGCAAAAUGAAAGGCAGCUAACUAAAAAUAUAUUUAUCUUCCCUCUUUUUGUUAGCGAUGACCCUGAAGAAGAAACUGCAAUCCCAUCUCUGCCAGGGAUCAAACGUUUUGGUAUCAGAAAGUUGCUAGACUAUGUUGUUCCUUUAGUGAAUAAGGGAUUACGAGCCGUCCUCUUAUUUGGUGUUCCCAUGAAACCAGGAUGUAAAGAUAUGUUUGGUACAGCAGCCGAUGACCCUGAUGGCCCUGUGAUUCAGGCUGUGAAAUUGCUCCGUAAGGAAUUACCAGAUCUAUAUAUUAUCUGUGAUGUUUGCUUGUGUGAGUACACUUCUCAUGGUCACUGUGGGGUAUUGUACGAUGACGGUUCUAUUAACCGGGAGCAAUCGGUCCGUAGAAUCGCUGCGGUUGCUGUUAAUUAUGCGAAAGCAGGUGCCCAUUGUGUUGCACCAAGUGAUAUGAUUGAUGGUAGGAUCAGGGAUAUCAAGUUGGGAUUAAUCCAAGCAGGACUUGCCCAUAAGACUUUCGUAAUGAGUUACGCUGCAAAAUUCAGUGGAAAUUUAUAUGGUCCUUUCCGAGAUGCAGCUUGCUCUGCUCCAUCAGAGGGAGAUCGUAAAUGCUACCAGCUGCCUUCUGGCGGUCGUGGUCUGGCAAGGCGUGCUUUGAGGCGUGAUUUAGAUGAGGGAGCGGAUGGUAUAAUUGUCAAACCAUCUACUUUCUAUUUAGAUAUUAUGGCAGAUGCAGCGGAGAUUGCAAAGGAUAUUCCAAUUUGCGCUUAUCAUGUGUCAGGUGAAUACUCUAUGUUGCAUGCCGCAGCUGAAGCUGGUGUGGUUGACUUAAAAUCCAUCGCAUUCGAGGCACAUCAAGGCUUCUUAAGAGCUGGUGCAAGAUUAAUUAUUAGUUAUAUGACACCAGAAUUCUUGGAUUGGUUAAGUUAA